AUGUCGAGCAUGCAGCUGACUACUACAAGUGACGACAAAGAAUAUAAUGAUCUCGUAUCACUUAUUGAAAAGUCUCUUGAUGGAGUCCGUGAUGCGUCGGUGCAUGAGCAAGCCAUUACUCGUAGCCAUGGUUAUUUAAUGCAGCAUACAUCGACAGAUCACUGGUUCUGCAACCAGCAUUAUUAUCCCAUUGCGACUUACUCGUUAAUCCUAUUUUCAUUCCCAAAUAGCUCAUACGGUCCCGAUCUACAACCAAGCUGGGCCAGAUGCUUGUCUACUUGUGAGGAAUGCCUACGUUACUUCAACAAGGGGAAAGCUGAGUUGAGGCUAAGUUUUGCGACAAAGAGAAGAAUUUCUAUACCCAUUGUUCAGCAAUUCUUGAACACUAUUACUUCAUGGGAGUGCACAAUCUUGUCACCUUUGAUAAAAGCAUCGUAUCUGAACAUUGGAUUACUACAAUCGGCCACUGAUGAGCAGCUCAAGAUUGCAAUCCAUUGGUGCAUGAAUAAUCCAGACAUCUUAAGGCAAUAUGGAGCAAUUAACGAUACUUUCUCAAACAUAAUUUCCACAAUUAUUAGCCAGCUGAAUGACUACGUACCUCAAAUUUUGCUUCCGGGGUUGAUUUAUCUUUUGUUUGAAGGUACAGGGGAUGAAACGUCGUGGGCAACACGAUGGGUCAUGAACUUGAGACAAAAUCGAGUAAUCUAUGACAAAGCUGGACUAAAUGAGGCAGUUGUUCAAGAAUUCAAUUUUCAAUUGUACAAUAUUCAAGACCCUUCAUUUUACAAUGACAAGAAUGCGAUUGGGUUUUGGAAAAAUUUCAAUAUUUUGGUUGACUUCAUUGAUAACGAUGCAUUCGAAACAAGGCUAAGCAUGCCAAUUGACAUUGAAGUUAUGAGUCAACACAAGAAUUUAAGACUUUACCCCAUUAUUAGACUUCUUGCAAACAGUUUAAUGUCAAGCUUAAGUGACCCGCUACCGAUUUUAUUGAAAGUAUUUGGGAAACUUUUGCGUCGAUUGAACUCACGAUUUUGGUCAUCAACUGGACCUAUCAAUCAUCAGCAGAUCCUUGACUGCAUCAAAUUUAAUCCCGCAUUCCGAAAAUAUUUGCUACAAGCUACUAUGGAGGAGCACACGCUCGAUAGUUGGACUUUGAGUGAUUUGUUACAAUGGAUGCCUAGAAUGAUCGAGUCUGUUUCUCUGCUUGAAAGAGAGAAUGUUUGUUUGAAGUUGGGUGUUUUUUUGUUGAAUUUUUCCGUAAGCGGUACAAUUAAUGAUUCAGGGACCAAGAGAGAGACAUAUUUGCGUGAAUUUGGCUGUAAAUUGUUUAAUAAAGUCUUUGAUUUCAAUGACGAGGGUGACUUGAGUGACGCAAACUAUACAAUAAAGCUACUGGCACACAGACAAGCUAGAGCACGGAUUGAUUGUGUCGGUGAAGCAUUGGUUGCGCUAGUAAUCAACUCAAAGAGUGAAUCUGCUCUUGAGCUUAUUUCCAAAUGCAUCAAGUAUGAUGUUGCCAUUUUGUGUCACAAUAGUGUUCUAUUACUCGAGUACAAAAUUCCUGUUUUGUUUGAUACAUUUCCCAUGCUAUGGGAAGCAUUGGCAAAGUCAAGAAUCAAUUCCAAUGUGAAUCUUGCAAAAGAAAUUAUAAAAUGUUUCAAAAAUUUAAUAGUCGCCAUAAAUUUUCAUCCCACGAAAGUUGAAGGUGUAAACAAGCGCUUGCUGGCGGCAAAAGAACAACACGAACGAUCUUUGGGUAUUGUUAUCAAGUUUGUGAAUCUGGUCUUCGGAAAUAUUAGUCUUGCACCUCAAACUGUUCUCAAAAAAAUCAUGGACAAUGUGCAAUGUGUUGAAGCCAUAUGGUCUUGCAUUUUCUCACCCCUGUGUACUCAGUCGGCCCUAGAACUUUUGAGUCAAGUAUAUGACGGGAAUGGUAGGCUUGAAUGCGUUACAGAAAGCUUGAGUCAUAAUUUGAAACUAACAUUGAGUGCAAUCAAUUAUAGUCUCUCGGUAUUGACGAACUUGGAAGCAUUUGAGCCAACCCUUAAGGCAGUAAGGAUUGUGAUGGAUGUUGUUGAUGCAUUGGCAGACCCUAUAACCUCUAUUUUAUCAAUGCCAGAUGUUGAGGGUGCAUUUAAGGAAGUUGAACAAUUUUGGAGCUCAAGUUUGUCGUUUUUGGUAAUGAUAUAUCAGAAAACGAUGUUUUGGGCGAGUAAGUACCACAUGCAUGAGUUGGUGGACUUUACACGAGACACAUUAGACUUGAGCCUUCUUUUGUUGAAGUCAUUUCGUUUAUUUGCCGACUCUAUUAGUCCUUAUGCUGGUGAAAAUUCGGCGUCUGACUUGUUUGCUGUAUUUAUGGACGCGUUUCAGUUCAUGGUGUCGUGGCUAAAAUUGGGAGAUACGCCUCUUUUGAAUUCUUGUGUUGAUCUUGUAUUCAAAGUAUUUGACUUGGCCAAGGACAGGAAGUUUGUAAUGGGCCUGGAAAUUAUUCAGAAACUUGCAAGCUUUGGUGUAAAAGCUAAAAAAUUCAACAACAAACUAACGGACGAGCAAAGAAAUGAGAUCAUUGCGCGCGCCAAGUCAGUCGACGAGGAUUUGGUGAAUAAGAUUGUUGAGGAAUCAACCUCGAAAGAGAAGUCGAAAGUUGAAUUCAUUAAGGAAGUGUCACCAUCCGUCGCGGCGAAAUCCUCGACAGGUACCAAGCAACAGCAAACAUUGGCAAAGUUUGGACACAUUUCAAGCGAGCCUCCUGUUGCGCCGCCGCCACCGAAGGAGGUUAAAGGGUUAAAUAGUCUCGACAACAUUCGUCGAGAACUCAACAAUUCACGAGUUGCUGCCAAGCCUGCUAAAGUACCAAUUCACGCACCAGCUCCUCCACGUCCGGCCGGUUUCAAUUCAAAGAAGGCAUCUCCAGUGAUUGGCAGAUCCUUGAAUACUCUAAGAGCAAAGAAGGUGACAUCGGACUCGUCCGAUGAUGAUGAUGGCGGUAUUGAUACUAGCGACUUGUUCGUUACCAAAAAGAAAGUUUCCAAGAUAACCGAGGUUGACUUGAACGGAAAGGUGAUUAGUCUGAUUGAUAGAAUGCCAAGAAAGAAAGCACAGACAGAAAAACUGGAGAAAGAGAAAAUGAGAUUGAGAUUGAAUGUUGAUCUCAAACCAUUAUAUCAAACAAUCUUGCCGUGGAAUUACAAUCUUCGUAACGAUUAUCCGACUCAUGACAAAUCAGCAUACUCGAAAGUCAAAGACACUUACAAAGACGUGAAAGAGUAUGUGUCGAUCAUGGAGCCGUUGUUUAUGCUUGAAUGUUGGCAACAAAUACAAUCGGCGAGAGACACUAUUGACGAGGAUCCUUUUGAGAUUCUUGUGGGGACAAGAACCUCAGUAGAUGGGUUUUUUGAUAUAUUCACGUCAAUGAGCAAGAAGACAAUCGAGAAUAGAAAGUUGACAGAUAAUGACUUGCUAGUAAUUGCAUGUGACAACGAAUCAAUCGUGCAACCCAAAGAGAGAAGACAAUAUAUAAAGUCUCCCAAUACACCGUGCUGUUUGGCAAAAAUUAGGGAAAUCAAGCACGUCAACCCUGAGUACUCCGAUGUGACUUUAAGAAUUGCAAAGAGCUCGCCAUUAGUGGGAAUGUUAGCACCCAAGGCAACCAUUCUUGGUAUGAGGGUGAUGCAAAUGGUAACUGUAGAAAGGGAAUUUUCUUCCUUGCAUGGAUUGCAGUACUACGACUUGGUCGAUUCAAUAAUCCUGGCUACUCCUGCUAUUCCUAAGCAAGUGGAUGACAAAGACGUGGAACAAAUGUAUAAACAUUUCGAUGUCAACAUGUCGCAAGCGAAAGCCAUAAUUGGCUCUUACCAAAGUGAAGGAUUCUCAUUAAUACAGGGGCCACCGGGUACGGGAAAAACAAAGACUAUUUUGGGUAUUGUGGGGUAUUCCUUGUCUCAUGGGGUCAAUGAGAAAGCUAUCGAGGCACCAUCCAAAUCAGCUUCCCCUUCUUCGAGGGCCAAAAUUUUGAUAUGUGCCCCCAGUAAUGCAGCUGUUGAUGAAUUGGUGGUGAGAUUGAGAAAUGGUGUUCGGAAUUCGAAAGGGGAGAAUAUGCCGUUAAAGGUUGUUAGACUUGGACGAAGUGAUGCCAUAAAUCAAGCAGUGAGAGACUUGACAUUGGAAGAAUUGGUUGACAAAGAGUUGCAAACUAAGCAAGUCGAUGUUGCAACAGAUCAAAACUUGAGACCCGAACUUAACAAAAAGACACAAGAAAGAGAUACGCUCAGAUCGAGACUUAAUGAUGAAACUUUGGAUUCAAAGGAGAGAGACGAUGUUCAGCAAAAGUUGCGAGAGAUCAACAAACAAAGAAGCGAAUUGGCUAAAAAGCUUGACGAACAGAGAGAGCGAACUUCUAUCGCGUACCGAAACAAGGAAAUUGAUAGAAGAAAUAUCCAAGCUCGUAUAUUGUCGGAGGCCAACAUUUUGUGCGCCACUCUAUCUGGAUCAGCACACGAUUUGGUUGCGAAUCUAGCCGUAACUUUUGAUCAGGUGAUUAUCGAUGAAGCUUGUCAGUGUUCAGAGCUGGCUGCAAUUAUUCCACUUCGAUAUGGUUGCAGAAGGUGUAUCAUGGUUGGUGAUCCGAAUCAAUUACCACCAACAGUGUUGUCUCAGACAGCAGCGUCACUCAAUUACGAUCAGAGUUUGUUUGUGAGAAUGCAAAAAAAUCACCCCGACUCCAUUUACUUGUUGAAUACCCAGUAUAGAAUGCACCCAAUGAUUUCAAAGUUUCCAAGUGCUGAGUUUUAUCAGUCAAAAUUGAUUGACGGUCCUGGAAUGCAAGAAAAAAACACACGACCCUGGCACCUGGUUGAUCCAUUGUCUCCGUACAGGUUUUUUGACAUUGUUAGUAGACAUGAGAAGAAUGAGUUGACCCGUUCAUUGUACAACACAGAAGAAGCCAAUGUCUGUUUGCAGUUGGUGCAGAAAAUGAUGACAAUGGUUCCACAGAAAGAUAUCGCUGGUAAAAUUGGUAUAAUUUCACCGUAUAAAGAGCAAAUCAAAACAAUCAAGAGGGUGUUUGAGCGAGCCUUUGGGAGACUUAUCUUCAACGAAAUAGAUUUCAACACAGUUGACGGUUUUCAAGGCCAGGAGAAAGAAAUCAUCAUUAUGUCUUGUGUUCGAGCUAGUGCUAAUGGAAGUAUUGGGUUUUUAAGCGAUAUACGUCGUAUGAAUGUGGCACUUACUCGAGCUUGCACAACGUUGUGGAUUUUAGGUAACAAAAAUUCUUUAGCCAGAGACGAGGUGUGGAAACGAUUAAUAGAGGAUGCUGAGAAAAGAAUUGCGGUGACAAAGGCUUACUCUGGAUUUUUGAGUACUUAUGCAUCUGCAUCAUCGUUCAAUCCCAUUGAUAGACCAUCGAAAAGAUUUCAAAAGGAUGAUGGACAGUUCAAGAAUAAGAAACAAAAGACAAGACCUCAAGAAGGGCUUCCAAAGAAACCGAAUGGUGUCCGAAAUGGUGGCCAUCUACCUCCAAUACCUAAUCCAGAAAGCUCAGCCAAUUCUAUACGUCCAACUUCUAGUGGGACGCUUCCACUCAGACCCGGAAACUCGGUAUCAGUGGCCACUGCUAAUAUACAAACAAACAAGUCACCAGGAACAGUUGGGCUACCUGUGCUGUUGCUCCCACAGAAUCAGCAUGGAAACAAAACACAAAAUAAUUUCAACGCGACCAAAGAACCCAAUCCAUCUCUGUCGGGUACGCUUCCAAAGCGACCUCUUGGUCCAACGUCAUCGGGCAUUGUUCUCCCACCAAAGCCCAAGACACCAAACUUGUUUAUAAAGAGGAGACCACCCUCGAAGAAAUGA